GCGUCUUAACCGUGGCUCACCCGCCUCUCAGCCUACGCGACUUUGUCCACGGAUUCCCGCUAAGACUGCAAACACUGCGGAGAUGGACUCAGAUGAAGACGUCCAGAUGGAGAACACGGAGCAGACGCCUUGGACGGCAGCAAGCAAGGGGAAGGGAAAGGCUGUGGCUGCAGACACAGACGAGCAGUAUGACAAGGAGAACUUACCCUGGGUGGAGAAGUACAGACCUGUAACCUUGGAUGACGUGGUGUCCCACAAGGACAUCACCGGCACGAUCGAGAAGUUCAUAGAAACGAAUCGUCUGCCUCACCUCCUCUUCUAUGGACCUCCUGGAACCGGAAAGACGUCGACAAUCCUUGCUGUGGCGCGUCGGAUAUACGGCAAGAACUAUCGUAAACAAAUCCUCGAGCUCAAUGCCUCGGAUGACCGUGGUAUUGACGUCGUACGAGAGCAAAUCAAGAAUUUUGCCGAAACGCGUACACUGUUCCUCAAAGGCUUCAAGCUCAUCAUCCUUGAUGAAGCCGACAUGAUGACGACCGCUGCUCAGGCUGCUCUCCGGCGUGUGAUUGAGCAGUACACGAAGAACGUCCGAUUCUGCAUAAUUUGCAACUACGUAAACAAGAUCAUCCCCGCCAUCCAGAGUCGUUGCACUCGCUUCCGCUUCUCGCCCCUACCUAUCACGGAGAUCGAACGGCGACUGACUGGUGUCAUUGAAGCUGAAGGGGUCAACCUGAAGGAAGAUGGCAAAAAAGCAUUGUUGAAGCUCUCGAAAGGGGACAUGCGCCGUGCUCUCAAUGUGCUUCAGGCAUGCCAUGCAGCAUACGACACGAUCGGGGAGACGGAGAUCUAUGACUGCACGGGUAGUCCACAACCAGCAGAUAUAGAGACUGUGGUGAACUCUAUGCUGUCUGACGACUUCACGACGUCGUACAAAAUGAUCUCUGCCCUCAAGAUGGAACGAGGUCUCGCGCUGCCCGAUUUGAUCAACGGGGCAUACGAGUACAUCGAGACGAUUGAAUUCAAACCGCACGCACGGAUAUACCUCCUUGACUUCUUGGCGACGACGGAGCACAGAUUAUCGACAGGUGCUAGCGAGAAGAUCCAGCUCACCGCGUUGCUGGGCGCAUUCAAGAAUGCGGUGGAGAUGACAGGGAAGUCAUCAUGACAUUCAUGUCGCAUACUUCUUCCUCAUUCAUUUGGUAAUUGACCUUGCUUUCUCGUGAUUAUCCAUGUAUAUAUGGUGACAGGGUCAUUAUUUACCUCUCGCUACAUA